AUGCCGGAGUUCAGGGACGCCGCCUCGUCGCGCUACGCGGCGGUCGCGGAGUCCGUCGACUUCGUCUCGGAGCCCGAGGCGGCGAGGCGGCGAGUCAACGCGUUCGUGAGCGAAGCGACGAAAGGGCUCAUCGGCGACGUCCUGCCUCCCGGCUCCGUCAACUCGUCCACGGUGCUCGUCCUCGCCAACGCUAUCUACUUCAAGGGGACGUGGGCUCGGCCGUUCGAUCGGUCGAGAACCAUCGCCGCGCCGUUCCAUCUCCCCGACGGCGCCACCGUGCGCGCGCCGUUCAUGACCACGAGUUUUUUCAAGGAGCAGCAGGUCGCCGUGUUCCCCGGCUUCAAGGCACUCAAGCUGCCCUACAAGAACGACGGCGGCGGGCGGCAGGCGGCGUUCUACAUGCUUCUACUCCUCCCCGACGGUGCGGCUCUUAAGAUCAGUGAUCUCUACGAUAAGGCCGUCUCGACGCCGGGGUUCAUCAGGAGGCAUACGCCGGUGGACGAGGUCCCGGUAGGGCGGUUCAUGGUGCCAAAGUUCAAGUUCACGUUCGAGUUUGAGGCGUCCGGCGAUAUCCAGAAGCUGGGAGUCAACCGAGCCUUUGCCGGCGGCGACUUCUCCGGCAUGGUGUCCGGUGGAAACGGGCUCUUCAUCUCAGGAGUGUACCACAAGGCCACCGUAGAGGUGGACGAGGUCGGCACCGUGGCCGCCGCGGCCACGGCCAUGUGCAUGCAAGAGUGUGCAAGGAUGGGUCCACCGCCGGUAGAUUUCGUGGCGGACCGGCCCUUCUUGUUUGCCAUCGUGGAGGAGAGGAGUGGCGUCCUGCUGUUCCUUGGGCAUGUGGUGAACCCUCUGGUUGGAUGA